CCAUGUAAGUACAGUGCUAUAGUCCACAACCUCUUCCCAGUUCUCUUUGUGAGGCUAAAUAGUUCUAAGUCUUUCAGUGGGAUGCCACUCCCAGCCUAGAGGUGAUGUAAUACUUUAUACAAAAAAAGAGUCCUUUUGCUGGUAUAGCUUAUACCAUUUCCCUGAGCAAAAUAAGCUAUAGACUUUUAUGCCAGUAUAAAAAUGUCACAAAAAUAUCCCCCACUUCAUCCAGCAUCAUUAUACCAGGAGAAAUUUGUAGUGCAACCUGGCCGACAAUGAAAAGUGAUAUUGACAUAACCAUGCCCGACUGACAGAGAUGCCGACCAAAUCCCCAGUGCAGAUGCUACUAUGCCAAUGGAAGAGGGCUUCCAUCAACGUUGCUAAUUUCCUUUGGGGACGCAGUGUUCCCGUACUGGCAGGAAAACCGCCUUCUGUUGGCAUAGGCUGUGUCUACACACCAGGGCUAGGCCGACAUGGUUUCUGCAGUGUAGAUACAGACAUGGAGAUACUGAGGGUCUGUCCCCCAUCUGUAUUUAUUCAGAGGGAUGUAAAGCCAAUACAGAGUCUGAGAUGUGCUAAGAUGGACAGGAAACAACAGGUUGCUUAUGACAUGAAAACAAUGCUCCAGUCUUUACUACAGCACCCUGCUGCUCCUCUCUAGAGAGUAUCUGGGAUGUCUGUGCAGCCAGGACUGGGUUAGCAGCCAGCUGGUUUAGAAGCAUUUUAAAGGCAGUUUUUAGUGGUCUCCCUCUUUCACAGUCUUUGCUGGUUGAUUAACCUAUAUGGCCCCCAUUGCACCCUAGGGGGAACUCCCAGGUUGGAGCUGGGGAAUGGGGGUGGCUGGCCGCCAGGACUCCUGGGUUCUGUUCCAAGCUUCAGUGCAUGGGAGGGAGGUCCAGUGGGCUGGCGCAGGGGGCCUGGGAGUCUGGAAGAGAAGCCAGGAGUCCUGAUUCUGCCAGACAACACACUGCCGUUCCACGACUGGAGGAUAAAUAUGCACCCAAAAAUACAUGGCUCUCAACAAUCAAAAGUCUCUCCAGCAUGUCUCCUUCCAGUAAAACCAUGCUCAGGCCUGGGCCAUUCGCCAGCAGUCUCUGCCCAGGCCCCCUUACGGGAUAACAAACCAUCUGACACAAAACUCCUGCUCUUGUUGGUUGUAGGAUUUUCACACCCAAGGUCCUGCCAGCCGGGGAAAUUCACCCCCUUCCCUACGGGGAGCAGAACCACCCACCCUUCAGCCGCGCCAGCGGCUAAGUGAAAGCCCGCUAGGCUCCCGCUACAGCCCCCAGACUUUCCGCCCUUGCAAGGGGCGAGGCAAUGACCCAUAAUCCCCCUCUUUGCUUCCCCAUUUACAUUCCUUUCCGGACCCAGACAAGGGGCGAGCUCCAGGGUAGGAGCGUGUAAACCCGGCUCGCCGAACCCUGGGCGGCCGAGCCGAACCAGCCGCCGGGCGGGUUUCCCGAGCGCCUGAAGCGCCGCGAUCCGGCUGCCGGGCUUUACCCCGAGCUUUUGCCGCCGCCGCCGCCUGAAAACUACAGAUUCGGGGGGGACGGGGGGGUCGAGGAUCCGGGAGCGCCCCAGGCCGGGAAUGGCCCCGAUGGACGGCCCCUGACGAGCCGGGGGACCAGUCUCCCGACUAGAUAUUCCAGCCCCCAGUGCCUGGCACAUCCCUUCACCUCCCACUCCAGGGCCAUCAUGGAGCUGAACGGGAAGAAGAAACUUCAUGCUCUUUCCUUGGCAGAGAAGAUCCAGGUGCUGGAGAUGCUGGACGAAUCCAAGAUGUCCCAGUCAGAGGUGGCCCGUCGCUUCCAAGUCUCCCAGCCCCAGAUCUCCCGCAUCUGCAAGAACAAGGAGAAGCUGUUGGCUGACUGGUGCAGCGGGACAGCCAACCGGGAGCGGAAGCGCAAGCGGGAGUCCAAAUACAGCAGCAUCGAUGAGGCCCUGCUGUGCUGGUUCCACAUCGCCCGCACCAAGAUGUGGGAUGUCACGGGGCCCAUGCUGCUCCAGAAAGCCAAGGAGCUUGCGGACAUCAUGGGCCAGGAGUUUGUGCCUAGCAUCGGCUGGCUGGUGCGGUGGAAGCGCCGUAACAACGUCUGCUUUGGCCAGCGACACCCGGCACGAGCUGUCCACGCCCCGGAGCCCCUGUGCACCAAGGGGCCGGCGCCGGCUUCCCUCAGCCUGCCCCAGCUGCUGAAGGAUUUUGCCCCGGAGAACGUUUUUGGCUGCGGGGAAGUGGUGCUCCUGUAUAAGGCCAUGCCUGGCAGGGAGCGGGAGGGCAGGGAGUGGCUGUGCGUGGCGCUAUGCGUGAACGGGAGCGGCACGGAGAAGCGGAAGCCCGUGGUGGUCGGCAGGCGGCUGGCUCCGCGCUGUUUCUUUGGGGUCAACACGGAAACUUUGCCGGUGCUUUACCGCAGCAGCACCGACGGGCAGCUGACAGCAGAGCUCUUCUCCGAGUGGCUGACAGACUUUGACCGGGAGAUGGGCCGGCAGCACCGCAGUGUGGCGUUGGUGCUGGACUCCGAGCGGCGCUGCCCCGAGCCGGAGCCCGCCAACAUCCGCCUGGUCUUCCUGCCCCCGCGGCCUCGCCACAGCGACGGCCCCUCGCCCUGCCCGCUCCACCCUGACAUCGUCCGGGAUUUCAAAUCCCGCUACAAGCGCAGGCUUCUGGGCAAAGUGUCCUCCAUCGGCAACGAGACCGACAGCUCCCCCGCCUCCAUCGCCGCCUCCAUCACCGUGCUGGACGCCCUUCACAUGGUGGCGGCCGCUUGGGACAAAGUCCAGCCCUCCCUGGUGGAACGGUGCUUUGGGGAGGCUGGCUGCUCCACGGGGAAGGGGUCCCUGGGACCCUCCAGCCAUGACCCCCCCAGGGGGAUGAGCCCGGAAGAAUUCCGGCGCUUCGUUGACAUGGAGACAGAGCUGGCCUGUGCCCCAGCCCUGCCCCCAGCCAGGGCCUACAAGGAGGAGGAAGAGGAGGAGCGGGAGGGGGAGGACCUUUUUGGCAGCCUGCCCACCAAGGCCGAUGCCCUGAAGGCCCUGGGGACCCUGCGGCGCUGGUUCGAGUGCAACGGCUCGGCCGAGGGGGUCUUCCGGCAGUUCUACAGCUGCGAGGAGGAGGUGGAGCGGCUGUGCUGCCAGUGAGCGCCCAACUCCCCACACUGCCUCCGGCGGCCUCCCAACACUGGAGCAUGGAGGGGCUGGUGACCCUGUACCGCACCGACUCAGUGCUUGGAGAGGGGGAUUCCAGCCCAAUCGUGCAGUGCCCGAGCGCUAGGGGGCUGGAGUCAUCCCCCACUGGGGGGCACGAGGGACUGGAUUCAUGUCCACAUUCUCUGCCAUGGCCUCUGAGAGCUGGUUCUGGGGGAGAGGAAUUGGAGACCGGCCCUUUUCUUUCUUCUGGGCGCACCUUUAUGGGCAUAUAAAGAUCUGAAAGAG